AUGGGUCGUUCCCGUUCUUCUCGCCCCGCCGCUCGUCCGGCCGCCCGCCGCGCCCCUGCCCCUGCCCAGCCACGUCGGGCAGCCCCUGCUCCGGCACGCACGCAGGCUGCACCCGCUCCAGCUCACCAGAGCAGUAGUGGUGGCGGCAUGAUGAGCGGCCUCAUGAGCACGAUGGCGCAGGGUAUGGCCUUCGGCACGGGCAGCGCCGUUGCUCACCGUGCUGUCGGCGCCGUGGCGGGCUCGUUCUCGAGCAGCUCAGAUGCGCCGCAGCAGGAGCAGCAGCAGGAGUCUGCUUCGGCGUCGCAUGAGGCUGCGCAGCCACCGCAGCAGAACCAGUGCGGCGUUGACCAGAAGGCCUUCUUGGAUUGUCUCAACUCCAACAGCAACGACAUCAGCUCGUGCCAGUUCUUCCUUGACCGGUUUAAGGAAUGCCAGCUGCACCAAGAGAGCGCCUUCAUGUAG